CGGUACUGAGGCGACAGCAGCGGAGUGUCUGCGUUGUCAGUCCGCCGGAGCUCUGCCGACUGGAGGGAUGUGACCCCGGAACAGGACGCCCUCCUUUACAACAACACCCCAUUCAAACAGACCACAGCAGAAAAGUAAAGCUGGACCAGGAGGGAGCCACAGGAGCAGGGGGGAUGAACCGUGAGGAGGCGCCGGGGAAGUCUCCUGAAGACGUGUACAUCCAACAGAAAGUGCGGGUCCUGCUCAUGCUUAGAAAAAUGGGAUCAAAUCUUACACAAAGUGAAGAGGCUUUUCUCCGGAAUUAUGCUGGUGUGGUCCACAGUCAGAUGAGCCAACUACCACAGCACAACAUAGACCAAGGUGCAGAGGAUGUGGUGAUGGCGUUCUCCCGGUCAGAGACGGAGGAUCGGCGACAGUGACCUUGGCCCCGCCCCGCCCCCACGCCCGUUACCCCGCCCUGCACGUGAUCCACAACAACACACAACUGCACAAACACAACACUGAUGAGCUCAGGAGACAAGGGGCGUCUGGAAGAGGCAGACGGGGGGGAGGGAAGAUGCAGCCGAUGCUGCCUCGCCCUCCGCUCAGACCUUCUCCACCUCGCCCCGUCCUCACACACGUCGACACGCCAUUACCUGAAAGAUGCACUUGAGUGGGUCACUGUGGGCAGAAGCCUUGGCAAUAAGGCAAUCUGUGAAAACAGUCAAAUUGUGUAAAUUACUUUUUUGUUUCAUUUCAUUUGGCAGCGGUGGAGAUGUUGGGCAGUGUUUUACCUUUGCCAGAGCUGACGAAUCGACACACCUAACUGCUGGAAAAUAAAGAUUUUAAAUAAUCUGCUUUAAUCACA